CCAAGGAUUCGUGGGGGCUCGUGGGGGACAUCUCUGCAUAAUUUGAGAUGACAAUCAUGACAGGUAUCGAAGCGUAGUUCUGCACAACGGCAUAAGUCAAAUGCGCGGCAUUAAUCAUACACCAGUCCACUGUGCCGAGCUUGGACCAAGUUAUGCUCAGAAAAUCACAAUUGCCGGCGGGGUCCACGUCUCGGUAAGGCGUAACCGAAUAGUGCCGCUACACUACCAAAGCCAUCUUAUAGAAAGAGUUCUCCGGGUCCAUAAAUUGGAGCCGAUAUACUGUGAUCGAACGGAACGAGAAGGUAGCCACAUUCCGGGUCUUGCCAGCCAGACAAGGAUGAACACUCUGCCGGCGCCUCGAGCUUCAAGUUCACGAUAUCUCACGAAUGCCAUCAUCCGGAACAUUUUCAUAGACAGCUGGCCCGGGCGCGUUAGGCGCCAUAGGAAAGUCCACAGAUUAUGCAAGUCCAGAUGUCUAUGGCGAAUCAUCUGGACUGAGCUACGCCAAAUAUUUCCGGCAGCCCGACUUACACGCGCCCGCCUCGUACAAACGGGCUGCCAAGUAUACCCCACUGGGCGUUAGAUACGAACCCCUGGGCUCAUGAAGAAUCUCAAGAGGCUAGUGUAAAGUCGCUGCUAGAUG